AUGACGGUUACCUACACUGCAAGAGUGGCCAACGCUCGCUUCUGCGGGUUCUCGAAGUUGCUCUUGGCAUGGAAGGGGAGCAUAUACAAGGUUUUGUACAAGGAAUUCCUCGCGUUUUUUGCCAUGUACGCUGCCAUCAGCAUCACAUACAGAUUCUUUCUCCUGGAUGAUCAGAAGAGAUACUUCGAAAAACUGGCCAUAUACUGCAACCACUAUGCCAGCCUCAUCCCCAUGUCCUUUGUGUUAGGUUUCUAUGUGACGCUGGUGGUGAACCGCUGGUGGAGCCAGUACACCUGCAUCCCGUUGCCUGACCGGCUGAUGUGCGUGCUCUCGGGCGGCCUGCAGGGCGGCGACGAGCGUGGCCGGCUGCUGCGCCGCACCAUGAUGCGCUAUGCCAGCCUGUCCGCCCUGCUGAUCCUGCGCUCCGUCAGCACCGCGGUCUUCAAGCGCUUCCCCACCAUGGACCACGUCGUGGAGGCCGGCUUUAUGACGCGAGAGGAGCGAAAGAAGUUUGAGAGCUUGCAGUCACCUUACAACAAGUACUGGAUGCCAUGCGUAUGGUUCACAAACCUGGCAGCUUUGGCUCGCUGUGAGGGAAGAAUCAAGGAUGAUAACACUCUCAAGCUACUGCUGGAGGAGCUCAAUGCAUUCAGAGGAAACUGCAGUAUGCUCUUCCACUAUGACAUGAUCAGUGUACCUCUGGUCUACACUCAGGUGGUGACACUUGCAGUGUACAGUUUCUUCUUCGUUUGUCUGAUCGGCAGACAAUUCCUCGACCCCACCCAAGGUUACCCAGGGCAUGACUUGGAUCUCUACAUUCCCAUUUUUACCCUGUUGCAGUUCUUUUUCUAUACCGGCUGGCUGAAGGUAGCAGAGCAACUUAUUAACCCAUUUGGUGAGGAUGAUGAUGAUUUUGAGACCAACUGGUUAAUUGACCGAAACUUCCAGGUGUCCAUGAUGGCUGUGGAUGAGAUGUACGCAGAUCUGCCAGUUCUGGAAAGGGACCGUUACUGGAACGACUCAAAUCCUCGCCCACCCUACACUGCUGCCACUCUCUUCGUCCUCCGCAAGCCCUCCUUCCAGGGUUCCACUUUUGACAUGGCGAUUCCUAAAGAGGAAAUGCAUUUCCAGCCCCUGGAGGACAUAGCAGAGAACCUGGAGGAGUCAAGAAGUAGACACCCGAACCAGGCCCUGCUGACCCGUCUGCUGAGUGCUGCCCCCUCCCCAACCAGCCUGAUGGGCGGGGCCCUGCGCCGCACCUCGGCCCAGCUCCAGAGACUGGCCCACUCACCCAGCCCGAAUCCAGACUCCUCCUCCUCCACGGACGACGACAACACUGAGAAUGGAGGCUCAGUGGCUUCCGGCCUGGGCCAGGACACCCAGAGCACCAUUUGCAGCUGUGGAGGACUCAUCGUCAGUCCUCCAGUUCUGGGGUUUGAGGAGGAUGAAGACAGGGAGGGACAGACAGACAAGGAGGAAGCGAAGAACUGGCAAAGACUGACAGAGAAAGAAAAGAGGGAUGAGAAGGAAGAGCAAGAAAAGAAGGGAGAGCCAUCCAAAAUGAAGUCCUCAGAUACUCAGCCAGCUUUGCCAAUACUCCCUCCACCUUUCAGGCCCAAGGAUUCAGCCAUAUACACUGAUUGA